UUGCUGCCGCCAAGCCUCAUCGAACCAGUUAAGGGAUUUUUUAUGCUUCUUUUUAUGAACCGUCUGUUUCGUUAUCCUGCAAUUCCUUUCCAGUUUCAAUUUUUCUUCGAGUCCAGGUUUUUUUACUCGGUUAUUCUGGGCGAGGAAGACAAAGCACAAGAUAAUUUUCUCGCCCCAGUUCACCUUCAUCUCGAGGACAAAAGACUUGAAGGACUCACGGAAAUGUCUGCAGAAGUUUUCCUCGUGCUAAGCCUGUAUUUUUUCAGCUGUCAUGCUAAAGAAUCUCUACUUGAGUAUUGUGGAAAGGAUUCCUAUAGCUAUACUCCGCUUAUAAAAGGCCCCAAAGGACAAGAAUAUACACUUAAACAAGUUCACGUCAUCAUAAGACAUGGUGACAGGACAAGAGCUGGUGCGACCCCUUGUUGGCCUAAUGACACAGCUGUAUGGGAUUGUCUGUUGACAUCAGCUUCUCUACCGGUUGUGAAGCACGACACCCAUGAUAUCACAGUGGACAGGAUAUACAGAGAUGUGUACAUGCCAGGCCGUAAUGACAUAAACGGUGAUUGUGGCUUGGGUCAUCUUACAUUUAAGGGCUAUAAACAGCAGUUAGUAAAUGGACAGAAUUUGCACACAGUAUAUGUUGAGACAGGGUUCCUUUCUCCCAACUAUUCCAGUCAUGAAGUCUUCUUUCGAACAGAUGAUAUGUCAAGGACAAGACAGUCUGCUCAAGCUCUAGCAUUAGGGCUGUUUCCACUAUCCUCCCCAUCCUCAGGCAAGUCACAAGUGGUUGAUAUUAAUGUCAUGGACAAAGAUUAUGAUGACAUUGAGCCAAAUCCACGUCUUUGUCCCAAACUGGAACAGUACCAGAGAGAAUUCAUAGAAAGUGACAUGUGGCAGAAGCAUUAUAACAAGAUAACGAAACCUCUGUUGAUUGAAGUUCAACAAGCACUUGGGUUGGAAUACAAUUUGACAUCAGAAGGCUUGGUUCACAUUGCAGAUUGUCUGUUCACUCACAUGUGUCACAGCUUUCCAAUUCCAUCAACGAUUUCUCAAGACCUCAUGACCCGUAUCGUCCAGGAGGUGCUAGUCAGGUGGUAUGGUACAUUCAGCUAUCCUACAAUCCAGGAAUCAGCUAAAGUGGGCAUUGGCUUCCUGAUUGGUGAGAUUUGGCAGGUAAGGUGCCGGCUGGAGGACCACUUUGUACCAGACUGUUCCCAGUUGUUGUUUCAUCACAGUUGUGCGAGAGUGGGAGUGAAGCGAGUACAGGAGAGCUAGUGUGGAGUGGAGGAAUAUUUCUCUUUACCAGGGGUUUUAUAAACGUUUUCGGCAGGAGGGCAGCUGGUUUUCACAGGCAGGCAAAACUUUCGGAACUGAACUUCUUUAUAAGAAAAUAUUUCCUCUAGAUGGUCAAACCAGGUGGACAAAAUCCCCACAGCCAGUCAAUUUGUCCGGUGACUGGCCUUUAAUGAACUCCUGCUUUAUCCACCCCACCCCCCUUAGGUUUGCACUUGUUAAAUUCCCGUUGGUUUAUUUUGCUUGCAAUCUUACUGAGCUAAAGGAACUUGUAGGUGGAAAAUCAUGAAUUAAAACAAUGAAAGCCAAAAUUUGUUUGAAGGACGAUGCCUACUUUUGUU